AUGGAGAUUCUUCUUUCGGACACCAUCCGCUGGUUCGUGGUUGCUGGCGUCUCGCGUCAGAAUGCGCUCGAUGGCGCCGCCUGGCGUUUUGCCUGGCGUUUUACCAUGGCAGUUAUUGGCUGGUCCCUGGCAGGUCGUCAGGAACAGGAAGACUCACAAGAAGCUAUCGAAGGGGUUUGGAGUGGACCGCAGGAGGCGAGGCCGUGGGCACAAUUGAGUGGCGGACGCCAGGCGGUUCCAUGGCGCCGGUCAGGGCAGGCGCCGUGA